AUGUCAUCUGAAGAUAUGUUCGAUCAUUACACCGCCGUUGCUACUCCCUCGAGCAGGAAGAAAGACAGCAAGAGGGUCCGCGGAGAAAGCAGCAAAGCUGCUUCAAAGAAGGCCCAGACUGAGGGUCCUUCAGCAGCUGCUCCUUCGAAGGAAACCACGCCACCUCCUACAAAGGAAACAAUGCCACCUCCUUCUCCACUUGACCAGCCAUCUCCAACGGCACCGGUCAACCAGAACUCUACUCCUCCAGCGCCUACCGACCAUCCAUGCCACACUCAACCCGAAGACACCCUGACCAUCACUGUGGUCAGUUCGGCCAGGGAGAGAAUAUACAAACUCUCCAAGCACAAACGCAGACAAGAGGCCAUCGUCGGCACCAACUCCAUGGAGGCCGACCAAAUAAUAAACCGAGGGUUGAACGAGAUAGCCAGUGGAUUGCUGACUAUCACUGCUGGUUGGCGCCGCACGAGGACCUUGGUUACCCAGACCAAGGACUUAGACACCAGGCACACUGAGGCGAUGAAGGUGCUCAAGGGGAAGAAUGCUGAACUGCUCAAGAAAAAUGCAGAACUGACCAACCAGAACAAUGAACUGCGCGAGCAGAAAGCCCAGCUGACCGAAGAGUUGUUGGAGUGUCGGACUGCCCUAACCAAAUCUAACGAAGACAAAGAGAAGUUCAGGGAGUGCGGUAAGCUCAACUACCAAGAGGCCAAAUAG